AGUAGUUGUGAAGUCCUUCCUGCUGGAGCAAGCAUAUGUAAGAAAAGUGUUUUACCCCGGGCUAAGAUCAUUUUGUGUACAUCUGGAGAGCAAACAUGCUUUUAUCAAAUCGGAUAAAAUUUUGUUCUUUGGCAUUUACUGCCGCUCGCAUGUGUUCGAGUGGGCCUACGGCUGCUAAUAGCAACCCGACAGUCUACUUUGACAUUGCUGCAGAUAAUCAGCCACUGGGAAGAGUAACCUUCGAGCUGAAUGCAGAUGUUGUGCCUAAAACAGCAGAAAACUUCCGAGCGCUGUGCACAGGAGAACAUGGCUUUGGUUUCAAGGGAUCCGUGUUCCACAGAGUGAUCCCUCAGUUCAUGUGCCAGGGGGGAGACUUCACUAACCAUAACGGAACUGGUGGGAAAUCCAUCUAUGGAUGGAAGUUUCCCGAUGAGAACUUCAAACUGAAGCAUACUGGAUCUGGAAUCCUGUCAAUGGCCAAUGCUGGACCAAACACCAAUGGAUCCCAGUUCUUCAUUUGCACCGCUGCGACCGAAUGGCUGGAUGGCAGACAUGUUGUCUUUGGCAGUGUCAAGGAGGGACUGGACGUGGUCAAGAAAGUGGAGUCUUUUGGGUCUCGGUCUGGGCGCACCUCCAAAAAGAUCACCAUCACAGAUUGUGGAGAGCUCAAGUAGACAUUCAGUAGUCAGUGAAGUGGUCUUUGUGAUUUUCAAUGUGAAACAGGCUGUCCUGUAGUGGAUCUGUUUAAGGGCUGCCAUUGACUGAUGGUUGCCCCUGAUAGAGUGACAGUGUAUCACUCAGGGAUGUUGGGACUUUUGGAAACAGAAAAUUGUGAUUGAACUUGUCUUGUCGUUUUAUAACAAGCACUUCACUGGUUACGAAUCAGGAUCAAAUGUGAAAGUCCCAAAACUGUAUGAAUAAAAUGUGAUUCUAUAAUAAAAUGAUACAUUCAUGAUUAUGCAACAUGAAA